CCUUCUCCGGCUUCCACCUCCAUCAAGGGAUUCACACACACCCAGAGGCCCCCCCGAUCCCGCUCUCAAUCAUUGAGAUGGCUUCGCACGCGGACUUCAAAGACCGAGAGUUCCUCGCCGUCAUCGGCGACGAGGACUCGGUAACCGGACUGCUUCUCGCUGGCAUCGGCCAUGUCACCACUGGCGCCGAUUCGCAGAAGAACUUCCUCGUUGUUGACACCAAGACGGACAACGCCGCUAUCGAGUCUGCCUUCAACAGCUUCACCGAGGAGCGAAAGGACAUUGGCAUCGUGCUGAUCAACCAGCACGUCGCUGAUCGAAUCCGACAUCGAAUCGACUCGUAUACCGCAGCAUUCCCUACUGUCCUGGAGAUUCCUAGCAAGGACCACCCCUACGACCCCGAAAAGGACAGUGUUUUGCGACGAGUGCGACGACUGUUUGGAGAGUAGGAGGUGUAAACAUCAGAAGAGCGGGACCUUCACGAUGAACUUAGAGGAAUGAAGUGGCUGGGGUUGACAUGCAUGAGAUCGCAGGGCGAGGUUGCAGCUCUUGUACUUCGAUUGGUGUUGAGGCAUAA